UGCACCGGGAAGGAGGCGGAACUCCGCGAAGCGCUUCCGGGUCAGCCCUCUAUACGUUGAAUGGGCUGUGUUGACAUGGCGGUCCCCCGCUGUAGGCGCUGUCUUCCAGUGUGAGCGGUGUCCGCCUCCUCCUCUCCGGCCGGGGUGUAUGGCGCCCUUGUCCCAGCUGGUAGUCUGGCUCUCCCAGUCUGCCGCUGUACGCUCCUAUGGGGUCUUCUCCAAAGGCCUGACCCGCACCCUGCUCAUCUUCUUCAACCUGGCCUGGAGGCUUCGGAUCAAGUUCCCCUAUCUGUAUGUCAUCGCCUCCAUGAUGCUGAACAUCCGGCUCCAGGUCCAUAUAGAAAUCCACUAGCCCCCACAUCCAUGACAAACUACACUGUGUUCCAAAUUAUUAUGCCAGUGAGAUUUUCACAGGACUUCAGCAAAAUGAGCUUUUUAUUUUAUUUUUUUAAAUAAAGCUUUUUAUUUCUCAUA